GCGGGUCCACCCGCCGCCGCUCCCUCCCGGCCACCGCGGGUCCACCCGCCGUCGCCUUCCUCCCACUCCGUGUCACCAAUGUCAUCCUUUCCCCCUCCCGUCGACGUCUCGACCCUCGAUCAUCUCGUGCGCGCUGCCGACAACUCAGCAACCAAUUGGUAUUCCUUCGUCGGCAGCCUCCACCGCGUCCUCGGCAGUGCUUAUGUCCUGCCGUUCCGCCUCCUGGACAUCAUGCUUGGUCUCCUAGAGGGUGACCUUGGGGACCCGCCGCCUCACCCUGGCGAUCCCCCCCCUCUCAUUCCCCAUCCCGGCGAGGAACCUUCGCCCCCCAUAGUACCCGUUGGCACCAGCACUCGCGCUGCCACCGCUGAAGUUGAGCAGCUCUUCCUUACUCAGCGUCGUGAGUUCCUCGUGCUCCAUACUGAUUACCUGAUCGCGUUGGAGGAACACGAGCGGUCGGCAACCCUCCGCACCCAGCAUGCCGCUACCGCCGCCGCUUAUGCCGCUGACUCUGCGCGAUUUGCUGAGCGUCGUCGCGCCUGGCUCGAGGCGGACAGCCGUGCUACUGGUGCCCUUCUCCUUGCCAUCCCGUCUGCGCUCAUGCGCAACUUCCAGGCCCGCCAGAUUUGGCUCGAGCUUGAGGCAAUGUUCGAACGCACCGACUUCGAUGCUGUCGGACCGCUCUUCAAGGAAUACUUCAGCAUCACGAUCGAACACAGUGCUGGCGCUGUUGACUACACCAGCCGUCUCCUGGACCUUGCCUCCCGCCUUGAGGCUCGCCAGACUACUCUCCCCCCCAACCUUCAGAUCUACCCGGAGCCGGCGGCGGUGGUGGCGGGGUCGAGGGUGGCAGCAGUGGUGGUGGUGGAGGCAGUGGUGGCUCAUCUGGUAGCCGUGGUGGCCGCCCUGGCACUCUUCCCCCAUGUUCCUAUCUUCGCCGUUUUGGUCCCAGGGCGGGUGAGCACUGCACCCAAACCAACCAUCCCCCCGCAACCUGCUUCAAGGCGUAUGAUGACGCCUGGUUCGAGCGCGGCAACACUGGCACCCCCCCACGCUGGUGACAUUUACGACCCAGCUGUCCCUGACUCCCCUGCUCACUCUGCCUCAUCGCACCAGCACCAGCAGCAGCAGCAGCAGCAGCAGCAGCAGCAGCAGCAGCAGCAGCAGCAGCAGCAGCAGAAGGAGCAGCAGCAGCAGCAGCAAGAGCAGCAGCCGCAGGUGCAGCAGCAGCAGCGGAUGGAGCAGCAGCAGCAGCAGCUGGUGCAGCAGCGGAUGCAGCAGCAGCAGCAGCAACCGCAGGCAGUGCAGCAACAGCAGCCACAGCAGGAGGUGCAGCAGCAGCACCAGCAGCAGCCACAGCAGCAGCAGCAGCAGCAGCAGCAGCCACUGCAGCAACCUCAUCGGCAUCGCCGCACCACCUCUCCGUUCAUCCUCCCACGCAUCCACACUCGCUCUCACGGCCCACUCAUAGGCCAUCCAUGGGGUUGGCCAACACCACCCCUACCCUCCCUUCCCUUCAUUGAGGACUCCCAUGAGGAGCUCAUUGGCGUUCAGCAACAAACACCUUCCCUCACGCCUCUCUACCCGGGCUUCCUUGGCCUCCUCAUCCUUGGCAUCGCUACCGCUCCCACCAGAUUCACUCCGUCCAACUUCCUUGAGGCCAUCACCUGCCCCGAUGCUGCCAAGUGGAUCCAGGCUAUCUUUGCUGAAUGCGAGGCCUUCAUCCGCAAUGCCUCAUUCGUUAACAUUGUCCCCUCUCCUGAAGACGUCAUUGUUGAAGGCCUCUGGGUGUUCCGAGUGAAGCAGCUGCCGGGCUGAGCUCUAUGCUUGCACCAUGGCCGCUCAGGAGGCUCGCUGGCUCACCUUCCUCCUUGCUGAGAUCGGUGCUCCUCAGUGCUGUCCCACCCUCUGGUGCGACAACGCCAGCACCAUCCAUCUCACAAAGGACCCUGUCUUCCAUGGCCGCUCCAAGCACAUUGAACUCCGCUACUU